AUGGGAGCAUGUGCGGAAUUGGCGCAGGAGCUUUGCAGAGGCCUGGUGGCUUCUUUGCUCCGAGAUCGACCAGAAGCCAUUUUUGCUGAGGAGGCUGAGACGGCAAGGAGCUGGCUGCAGAGGAUGCGCCUGGAGGGACUCCGCCCAGACUUGAGCUCCUACAAACCUGUCUUGCAGGCAUUUGCCUCCAAAGGGGACACCAAAGUUGCGGAGGAGUUGUGGCAGGAGCUGAGCGACUCGGGCGACGCGGACGACGAUGCCUACUGCAUGAUGCUCCAGGCCUACUGCGCAGCUGACGAUGCAGAAGGAGUGAAGGUGUGGGUUGAUCGCUUUGAGUGGGAGGGCAUCCAGCUGAACUGGCCAUCCUUCACAGACUUGCUGAGGUUUUACCUGAGCCAGGGCGACCUUCAAAAAGCGUUCGCCCUGUCAAACGAAGUUGCCCUGAGCUCAUCCUUCGACACAGGACCCAGUGCGUGGUUGAAGCAGCUUGAGGCCGCCGUGAAGCUGAAAGAUGCGAGCCACGCGGAGAAGGUGGCACGCAGCAUGACGCAUUUCGGCUACCCGGUGGGGCGAACUGGCCGAGGCCUCCUGCAGGAGGUCCUCAGUGAGGACAGCUUCCAGGUGCCCGAAGAAUAUGACUUUGAUUGCCACGACAAUCUGACCGACGGCUCUCCUGCACAUUGGACAGGAGACGAGUUCGACUGGGUUGGGCUGGUGCGCGUGGACGGCCAAGUGUAUCGCUGGCUUGGGCGAGCAGUUCUGGACCUGCCAGCAGCACAGCAGCUCAGUCGAGAGGUGCAUCCAACCACCACUCGCUACAUCUUCCAGGCGGGUGCGGCGCAGAUGACCGUCGCCUUCAUGACAGCAUCAUUUAACCACGAUACUGCAUUGCUUGAAGCAACCAGCCCCGUCACAACCAUGAGCUUUUCGGUCACUGGCACGGAUGACGUCGAGAUUUACUUCGACCUGUCCGCUGCGACUGCCACACAGAAGGACUCACAAGAGGUCACCUGGCAGCGCAAUCUGACCGAGCAGCUCCAGGUCAUGCGUGUGGGAACCACGUCACAGAAAGUGUGUGGUCAAACGUCGGACCGAAUCGACUGGGGCUUUCGAUAUUUGGCCAUUCCCCUCGGCAAUCCGAGUGCCAUGGUGUCUGCACAAGAAGCACGCGCCGCCUUUGUGAACGGGACCUACAGCCGGCUACAGGACGAGCAGCCACCGAGAAAGGCCAAUGAUCGUCCGCUGGCCCUCUCUGUUUCGCUGCGCGCUCAAGCGCGAGUCCACUUGAUGUUGGACGAGGUGGUCUCCCAACGCUUCUUCGGCACAGACCUGCGCCCGCUUUGGCAAGGGCGCUUCACCGCGGAGACUUUGCUCAACGAUGUGGAAGAAGGCUCACUGCAGAGGAUGCAACGGGCGGAGGCCUUCGACCAUUUUCUUCUCGACCAGCUGCAGCGCGUGGGGGGCCAGCGCUACGGGGAGAUCGGGGCCUUGGUCUACCGCCAGGUGAUGGGAGCAACAAGCACCUCCUUCAACGACAAGACAGGCGAGGCCUGGCCCUUCAUGAAGGAAAUAUCAUCCGAUGGCGAUGUCUCCACUGUGGAUGUGAUCUUCCCAGCCUUCCCGUUGUUCCUGCACGUGGCGCCGGAGUUCUUUCGCCAGCUCAUGAUUCCACUGCGCCGUGGCAUGCGCACUUCGGGCAUGGAACCGGAGGAACCUGAAAAGUGGAGGCACCCAAGUGAUGGGUUCCCCAGAAUUCUAGGAGAGUAA